AUGGCCAGCCAGUCCCAGGGCAUCCACCAGCUCCUUCAGGCAGAAAGGAGAGCCAAAGACAAGCUGGAGGAGGCCAAGAAGAGAAAAGUGAAGAGGAUCAAACAGGCCAAGGAGGAGGCCAUGGUGGAAAUUGACCAGUACAGGAUGCAGACCGAUAAGGAGUUUCGAAUGAAACAAUCCAAGGUGAUGGGCUCUCAGAGCGACCUCUCCGAAGAAAUGGAAGAGCAGACGCUGGAGAAGAUUAAAGACCUGAGGGCCAACUACAGUAAAUACAUGGAGAGCAUGUUAUCACAGCUGCUGAACACGGUCUGUGACGUGAAACCAGAAAUCCACGCGAACUACAGAGCCACCAACUAA